AUGUCCACACUUGCAGCCACCCAGAUCUCCCUGCCCAACGGCAAGACCUACGCUCAGCCAACAGGUCUGUUUAUCAACAAUGAGUUUGUUGCUGGUAGCGACGCCAAGAUCGACACGAUCGAUCCUUACACCGGCAAGGUCAUCUGUGCCAUGGAGGCUGCCAGUGCCGCCGAUAUCGACGUGGCGGUAGCUGCGGCUGAGAAGGCCAAGAGGGGAUGGCGCGACACCCUCCCCGCCCAGCGUGCCGCUCUGCUCAACAAGAUGGCUGAUCUCAUUGAGCGUGACGCCGACAUCAUUGCCGCUAUUGACUCGACCGACAACGGCAAGGCCUUCACUAUGGCUAGGCAUGUCGACCUCGUCGGAGCUAUCAGCUGUUUCCGCUUCUACGCUGGCUACGCCGACAAGAUCCACGGUCAGACCAUGGAGCUCGGUCGCGACAUGCACGGCUACACCAAGCGGGAGCCCUACGGUGUCUGUGGACAGAUCAUUCCCUGGAACUUCCCCUUCCUUAUGUGGGCAUGGAAGGUCGCUCCCGCCCUCGCUACCGGCAACGUCAUCGUUCUCAAGUCGGCCGAGCAGACCCCUCUCUCGUGCGCCUACGGCGCCUCGCUGAUCAAGGAGGCUGGCUUCCCCCCUGGUGUGGCCAACUUUGUCACUGGUCUCGGCAAGACCACCGGUGUUGCCAUUGCCACGCACAUGAAGAUCCGCAAGGUCGCCUUCACCGGCAGCACCCUCGUCGGACGCCAGAUCAUGAAGAUGGCCGCCGAGAGCAACCUCAAGAAGGUUUCGCUCGAGCUCGGCGGCAAGUCGCCCCACAUCAUCUUUGCCGACGCCGACUUUGACAAGGCGGUCGAGACUGUUGCCAACGGCAUCUACUUCAACCAGGGCCAGGUGUGCGUUGCUGGCUCGCGCGCGUUUGUCGAGGCUCCCAUCUACGACAAGUUCCUCGAGGCUCUCAAGGCGCGCACCGCCCAGGUCAAGAGUGGUAACCCCUUCGACCCCACCACGUACCACGGUCCUCAGGUGUCGGCCAUCCAGUGCGAGCGCAUCAACGCGCUCAUCGAGGGCGGUGUCAAGGCCGGUGCCAAGGUCGUUGCCGGCGGCGGCAAGCACGAGCUCGGCGGCCUCUUCAUCUCGCCCACCGUCUUCUCCGAUGUCACCGGCACGUCGCCCCUCCAGAACGAGAUCUUUGGCCCUGUCCUGGUCAUCUCGCCGUUCAAGACCAUUGAGGAGGUCGUCGCCAUUGCCAACGACACCGAGUACGGCCUCGCUUCGGGCCUGCACACGUCGUCGAUCGACACUGCGCUCCGCAUGGCCGACGAGCUCGAGGCGGGCACUGUCUGGAUCAACCACUACGGCGGUGCCAGCCCCCAGCUUCCCUUCGGCGGCUACAAGCAGAGCGGUAUCGGUCGCGAGAACGGCGACGCGGUUAUCGGCGAGUACACCCAGAUCAAGACCGUGUCCAUUGCCCGUAACAACAACAAGAAGUAA